CAGGAGGUUUCAUGCACAGAAUAGAGCUCGAGCUUUCCACAGCCAGUGACCACGUCUGACUUUAGAUGUUACCCAAAAUGCAAAGAUCUCGUGUUUUCCCAAGAAACCUUGCAAGCCAAAAGCGCACGAGGAUCUUCUCUGAUGGUGGAUUGUAGUCCGGUGUGCGCGCACAGAGAGCGAAGCGCUCGCGCCCCUGCACGCGCGCGAUGGAGAACUUUCCGAAAGAGGAGACUCUCUGGCCGCUGAACAGAUCGUGGAGCGAGUCGAGUAGCGGAAACGAAAGUAUAGCUGCGAACAGGACUGUCAACCCUCUGAAACGCAACGAGGAGGUGGCCAAGGUGGAAGUGGCGGUGCUGUUUGUAGUGCUGUUGCUCGCACUGGCUGGGAAUCUGUGCGUACUGGCGGCGCUGCACGUGAGCAAACGCGCGCGCUCGAGGAUGCAUUUCUUCAUGAAGCACCUGAGCAUCGCCGAUCUGGUCGUGGCCGUGUUCCAAGUGCUGCCGCAGCUUAUCUGGGACAUCACAUUCCGCUUCUAUGGGCCAGAUUUCUUGUGCCGCUUGGUGAAGUAUCUGCAGGUGGUAGGGAUGUUUGCCUCCACCUACCUGCUGGUGCUGAUGUCCGUGGACCGGUGCCUUGCAGUGUGCCAGCCUCUCCGCUCGCUGCGACGCAGGAAGGACCGUGAGUAUGUUCUUGGGUCGUGGCUCUUGAGCCUGUUGCUCAGCCUCCCGCAGACAUACAUCUUCUCCCUCAAAGAAGUUGCCCAGGGGGUCUAUGACUGCUGGGGAGACUUUGUGCAGCCUUGGGGGGCAAAAGCCUACAUAACAUGGAUUAGCCUUACCAUCUACAUCAUACCUGUUACCAUUCUGAGUGUGUGUUAUGGCCUUACAAGUUUUAAGAUAUGGCAAAACUUCAAGCUGAAGAGCAGAAGGGAUCAGCCUCUAAGACUGUCUCGGGAGCUUGCGGAUGGUGCAGCACUCUCACGUGUCAGCAGCGUGAAACUAAUCUCUGAGGCGAAAAUCAGGACAGUGAAAAUGACAUUUGUUGUCGUCUUGGCCUAUGUUGUGUGCUGGACGCCGUUCUUCUUCGUGCAGAUGUGGUCAGCUUGGGAUCCUAUGGCACCGAGAGAGGCAAUGGCAUUCAUUAUUGCCAUGCUGUUGGCUAGCCUGAACAGUUGCUGUAACCCCUGGAUCUACAUGUUCUUCGCUGGUCACCUGUUCCAUGACUUGAUGCAGGACUGUCUGACAGCAUUACGCUGUAACUGUAUGGUGCAGCAGAAUCCUAACAGCCAUUCAGCAGGAAUAAUGAUGAAGAACACUGGGAGUCAGAAGAGCCUUACCCAAACAUCAACUACAUAAAACACCAGACUGCAAGGAAGACAAGAAACUGUACUGAACUUUACUGACUUGUUUUAUUAAAAAAAAAAACAAAAAAAAAACAUA